AUGGCCGGCACUUCUGCCGCCAAGGGACCCUCCUAUGGUCAGCAAUUCCAGUCUGCGUUGGGACAACUCCCGUCUCCCGUCACGACGCCCGUGCGAUCGGCCGCGUUCCAGGCAGAGUGGAAGGCCCGCACGGAAGCCCGCGUGCGGAUAUUCUGCUCGCUGAACCGCGCGGGGAACGCUCUCUGCGCGUGGCACGACUCGCGGCGCGAGCGGCGUACCUACCCGCCGCGGAUGGCGCCCGCGGGGUACCUGAACUGCGGGUGCACGUACGAGGAGGCGCUCUUCGAGGAGAGCCUUGCGCGGCACGGCGUCGGCAGCUACCACCCGGGCGAGAGCGUGCGCAUGGACCCCGCGCUGCGCAACCCGCUGCUGAAGCUGCUGGAGAGGCGCUACGGGUACCGCGACGGCGACUUUGAGCGCGACCCCAUCACGGGCAACUGGAUCGAGGGCGAGGGCGCCAAGCCUUGGGAGGAGAAGGUAAUGGCGGGGGUGUCGGCGUCCAGGAGGAGGCCUGAUGAGCGCCGCUAA